UCAAAAAUAAAAUCGUAGCGGCUUUGUGCCUGUUAAAAUUUUCGAUGGUGUCUAAUCAAGUUGAGUUUCAGGAAAAAAAUGACGGUAAGGUGUUCGACAAAAUGCCAGGAAGAUACAUUGCUUCAUUGACUUUGAUAAAUUUUUGGUUGUCUUGGUCAAAACUCUCUGAAUAUUCAACGUACGGCUGUCCUAGCAAUGAAUGUCUCGAGUUGACUAACAAUUCCCGGCAGUAUUGGGUGGUGCUAAUGAAUUUACUCCGUGACCCACUUGUAGCUUCUAUAUACAGCGACGAAGACUUGCAAAACGGCCAGAAACUGAAAAUAACUAAUUUGGAGAGUUGGAGAAAUAAUGAAGUUUCAGGCCUUUGUUGUUUGCCUGCUGUUGCUUGUAUUUCGUAACCGCUCAUAUGCCGAUGAGCCGAAGGUUUCGGUACUGGAUAACGGUGAAAAGAUUAGAAUCAACAUUGGUGUGAUUCUUGAUAUGGGAACAUGGGAGGGGAAGAUUGUCCAUAGCUGCAUUAAAAUGUCUGUAUCAGACUUUUAUAGACUUAACGGGUGCUAUAGAACUAGGAUUGCUCUUCAUGUGAGAGAUUCCGGUGGAGAUUCUUUACGUUCUAUUGCUGAUGCUCUAGACCUUUUAGAGAAUGUUGAAGUCCAAGCAAUGAUAAUUCCGAAAAUAUCAAACGAAGAGUUGUUUCUAGCCAGGCUGGGGGACAGAGUUAAUGUUCCAUUAUUAUCGUUCUCUUCAAUAUCGUCACCCAACGAACAUCCUUAUUUCGUUCAAGUUGCCGAAGAUGAGAACACUCAGUUCCAUGGCAUUGCUGCUUUUUUAAAAUCACUCAGAUGGAAAAGCUUCGUGUUUUUGUACGAGGAUAAUGCAGAUGCAAGACAAGCCCAAACUUAUAUACAUGAUAUAUUACAGGAGAAUCACUUGAAUGUUGCGUAUCAAACCGCCAUUUCUCUUCAGGCGACGGAUAAUCAAAUCAUUAAUGACCUUCAUAAGCUCAUGGAGAUGAAAGCUUCCAUAAUUUUGAUGCACUUGUCACCCUCUUUAGCAUUGAAAGUAUUUUUAAAUGCGAAAAUAUUAGGGAUGAUGAGCAAAGGAUUUGCGUGGAUAGUGACGAGCAAAACCAUGAAUUUGUUGGACUGGGAGGAUUCUUCAGUUUACGAGUCAAUGGAAGGAGCCAUUGGUUUCAGAUAUUAUAUUCCUCCGUCAAGUAACACCCGAAAUUUAACUUUGCGACUGAGAAGGGAGUUUCAACACAAUGAAUCGAAUAUGGAAAUCAGGGAGUUGAACGUGUUUGGUUUAUGGGCAUACGACGCUGCUUCGGUUUUAGCAGAGGCAGUGGAAAGGGUAGGAAUAGAACUCUCUCAAAAUUCCAGUGCAGGUGCGGGACCAAAGCAGUUGAGUUUUGCUGCACUAAAAGUUUCAAGCAGUGGUUCAGAAAUCCUGAGCAAGAUUGUAAGCAGUACGUUUACUGGGUUACUGGGAAAGUUUCAGCUUUCGUAUGGGAAAUCAGUCCUUGAGAUUUAUGAAGUACUGAAUGUAAUAGGUAAUGGGGAAAGAAGAGUAGGUUUCUGGACAUCUGCACAUGGACUUACUGAGAAAAUAAAUCCGUCCCUUAAUUCUGCAUCGGGCAUUCUUGAAACCAUUAUCUGGCCAGGAUUCUCCUCAACAGCUCCGAAAAAACGUUGGCUGUUACAAAAGAGUGGAAAAAGCUUUCGAAUUGCAGUUCCAGGAAAAGCCACCUUCCCUGAAUUGCUAAGCUGGGAUUAUGAUCAACAACGCGGUGCAACAACUGUGAGCGGAUUCUGCAUAGAUGUAUUUCGAGCUGCUGUUGACAGGCUGCCAUACAAGAUAUCUAUCGAGUAUAUUCCCUUUGACACUGACCAAUACAGUUAUAAUGACCUCAUAUAUCAGGUCUAUGAACAGAAAUACGAUGCUGCAGUGGGGGACAUAACUAUCCUUUCCAACAGGUCUUUAUAUGUCGACUUCACACUGCCUUUUUCCGAGUUAGGCCUGGGCAUUAUCGUUAAAUUGAACGAUAGAGACCCUUGGUUCUUCUUAAAGCCACUCAAUAUAUAUCUGUGGAUAACGAGUGCAUGUUUCUUUUUCCUGACCGGAUUUAUUAUUUGGCUUAUCGAGCACCGUAUGAAUGAAGAAUUCCAAGGCUCUCCAGCUCAGCAGAUUGGAACCGCGUUGUCGUUUGCUGCUUCGACUCUUGUUUAUGCUCACAGAGAGAAUUUAAAAAGUAACAUCUCUAGAUUUGUCGUGGGCGUCUGGUUGUUUGUUGUUCUAAUACUAACAUCCAGUUAUAUUGCAAAGCUGAGUUCGCUUUUGACAGUGGAACAGAUCAAAUUAGCUACAAGUGAUUACAUAGGUUAUCCAGCUAAUUCUUUCGUAGUACGAGGAAUUAGUGUGAGCAAUCUGAAUUUCACAGAUAACCGGCGCCAGCCUUAUCAAUCUCCAAACGACUACAACGAGGUUUUAAGAAAAGGAAGUAAAAAAGGCGGUGUUAGUGCCAUUGUUGACGAACUACCGUACCUUAAACUACUUGUCGCAAAAUACCCUAAUGAAUACACCAUAAUCGACUCGUCAGCCACAACCAAUGGCUUCGGUUUUGCGUUCCAAAAGGGUUCACCGCUGGUACGUGAUAUAUCAAUAGCAAUAGGUGAACUUAGAGAAGAAGGGAAACUCGUGCAAAUGGAGAGGAAAUGGUUUUCGAGUCAAACGUCAUUGUUUUCUCAGGACACAGAAUCGUCUAAUAAGGCCGACCCUCUCGGUGUGUAUAACUUUUUUGGUCUGUUUAUUAUAAAUGGGGUAUCUGAAGCUAUGGCCAUACUCGUAUUUCUCGUGUUCUUACUUAGGGAAAAAUUGUCGAUACACUUUAAUAUUUUCGCAUUUAUGGCCGGAGGAAAAUUGAUGUCCGUUUUGAGGUACUUCUAUCCCGGGAGGAUUAUCGGUGCAGUCGAUGGAAGAUGAUGUAAAUUUUUCGAUUUCUUUUUCUUUUCUUUUUUAUUUGUACAAUAAGCUAGUAUUCUAGCUUAAUAGAUUAUAAGUCACCCCUUGUAUAACAAAAUAAAUAAUGAAAUAAGUUGGUUCUACUAAUCUCAAAUAUUUGAAAGUUUCAAUCUUA